UAUUCUAUUGAGUGGCAUAGUACAGAGCUGUGACGUCAUGUUAAAUGAACCUGUAACCAAUAUAGAAAAAAAUAUAACACGAUUACGAGGCUCAGGGGCUAAAACCCGACAAUAAUCAAACACUAAAGAGCAAAUAAGACAGAUUAGUUGUUCUGAGAGUGAGACUAUUUUAACAGACUCGAUCCCUGAGCGCCUAAUAGUACUGCAUUGACUUACGAAAAUAUAAUAAUCCAGCUUAACUGAUUACAUGCUGAGGAGGCACAGCCACUAGUCUGAUAAGAGAAAUGUUUUAUGAAGUGUUAUUUGUAAAAAUAAAUGACAUCGAGAGUUUGCUGAAACAGCUUUUCAAAAUUAUCGCACGAACUAAAUGGAAUUGAUAAAAAACUUCAACGACAGUUUACAAUCGGAAAUGAAAAAAAUCGAGUGGCAAUAGAUCUUAAAUACACGAGAUAUUUUCAUAAAUUAUUUGGCAUCAAAAUACAUUCAGAUCAUACCAUGUCUAUAAAUGAGAACAUGCUUUCAAAAUUUAUAAUGUCAAAAAAAACCCAUUUCCACACACAAAUAAGACAGACGGAAUGUUUAUAGAAAUUCUAAAAUUAAGUUCAUGUGAGUUUGUCAUAUUGGUGGUAGCGAGUCAGAAACGGUACUCCUAAAACAUACAGUAUGUCUCUUCGCAAAAUCAUUUUCACAAGAAAUCCCUUCGUUAAACAAGAUCCUAGCGACUUUCUUUUAUGAAAAUCUACUCCAUCCCAUUCUUUUUCUCGGUGUAACCUAUAUAAUUGGUACAACCAUUUUGUUACAGUAAUUAACCGUGUCUAAGGUUUGUAUUUUUGUAAACCAUUUUAUGCUUUCACUUUGUUGUUGAAAUUUCUUAUUUCGGUGUUUGCUAACAUCCCCUAAGUUGUCUCAACAUCCCCUAAGUUGUCUUUAAGACUGCAACAGUGGCUCCGAUAGAUUUGAAUUUUCCUAUUUGAGUCAUUGCUCCCAUGGAGGAAUUUCAGCAGUUUCAAAACAAUUGGAAAAUUGUGGUUCGCUUCCAAUCACUUUUUUAUUACCUGGCUUCUUAAGCCUGUCUUCCACUUAAGCUGCGUCACACGGUACCGGAUCCACUCAUCUUCGUUUGCCGUUAUGAAGCAACGAUUAUUAGUAAAUGAUUAUCAAUUCAUAGAUUUCGUAUAUUUAUUCAGGACACCGCUGUCUUUCAUUAAUUAACUUCAAAAUUCGACAUUGGCCGACAGUAAUCCGAUACCUUGUCAACGGGGCUUUAAGUGUUUUUCAUACGCAGGUACACCGUACACCAACGGAAGAAUGCUUUAACAUUUUUAUUAUAUACCAAAAUUGCGAAAAAACUAAUUCUUUCGAUUUAUUUACUUUUUCAAAGGUAACAUAUAUAAUGAUUUAGACUUCCGUGUGUGUACGUGCGUAUGAAAAACGCGUGCGUGGAAAACAGCCUCAAUAGAAUAGAAAAAAAGGUAAAUUAUCAGAAAUUUGUUAGAUUUGGACUUUACUUGUUAGAUUUGGAAUUACUCCCCAAAUCCUCGAUCUUAACUGAGUUUCACUUUUCUAUGCCCAGUGCUUUUAAAGGCGGUAUUAUUUGAGCGGUUAUUGAUAUUAUCAAUUUUGUCAAAAAUAUAUUAUUUAGAUAUAUCGUUCCAGUUUUCUAACUUUAGUUUGCAGAGCCAUAUAGCUCAGUGGCCACACCCGAAACCUCACCCAGUUCCUGUUUCUUUGAGUCUUUGUAUUUCUUCAAAGUCUGUGUUCGUUGUUUGUCAAAAUGAUCGUAUUCUUUGACUAGAAGCUCCCAAAGUAAUCCUGGGAAGUGUCGAUUUAGUGUUUGAACAAAUCUAAAGUUGUUUUAACAAGCUUUAUCCAGGCAGACAAGCCCAAAGACAAAGGCAUACGGCUUCGGACCAGUCGUGGUAUAAAUAUACACUACAUAGACAAGACCAGAUUGCCGAAGGUAUUAAAUCAAGGUCUUAAAUCUACAUUUCAGUCCAUCUGUCCGUUAUCCUUUCCGAGAUUUGACCAUGUAGUGGAAUCAUCGCUUUGAAGAUUUGAUAAGUAAUAAACCCUGUCUAAUGCCAUGGCUUCUGACGAACUGCAAGAAAAAGCAAAUUUUACAAGACUCAGUAGACUUUUAGUUGACAAAGGAACUGAGGCUUUGAGAAAUACAUUUGAUACCAGCCAUCCACCUGUUAGUCUACCUGGAGUACUGGCUGCAAACAAAAGAUCUCUUCAAAAGUUAAAACCUCGAGUUAUUACUAAUUCCCAGUGGGAUUUACUGUUUCCUCCGUCUGGCAACCCGCCAGAUUCCAAAAACUUUGAUGUCACGUUACUUACAGUUCUAUUCCGGAACAUUUGUGGUUUUCCAUCAACAGGAUGGAGUGUAAUGCCUCCGGAUACUGAUAGGUCAACGCAAGCGAAUAUCACAAGAAUCAAGUGUUACAGAAAUGAAGUUAUUGCACAUGUAACAACAACCAGAGUUGACAAUUCAACAUUUCAAUCUUUAUGGAAGAAAAUCUCCCAGACAUUGGUAGAAUUGGGCGUUUUACAUAGUGAUGUCGACGAUUUAAAAAAAUGUCCUCUUGGGCCUAAAGAAGUAGUGUAUGUGCAAAAGCUUAAAGAUUGGAAACUGCACGAAGAUGAGUGUAUUAAAUUGCUUAAAGUAAUUGAAGCUGGUGUAAAUAAUAUAACACAAGUCGCUGAAGAGACGCGCGAGGCAGUAAAUGAAACGCACGAUGCAGUAAAUGAAACGCACUAUGCAGUAAAUGAAACGCACUAUGCUGUAAAUGAAACGCACGAUGCAUUAAAUGAAGCGCGCGAUGUAGUAAAUGAAACGCGCGAUGCAGUAAAUGAAACGCGCGAUGCAGUAAAUGAAACGCGCGAUGCAGUAAAUGAAAUGCGACAGUCAUUGGCCAAGCGUACGCUAUCAAUACCUGUCAACACCAUUCCUGAAAAAAAUUCCCGCUUGGAAAGUGAUGAAGAUUUAUUGCGAAAACUUGCUAAGCAUAAUUUUAAGGGUAAAAUUAAACGAAAAGUAAAUUUUUUCCUUCCUGGAACAAGAGAGUGGUUGUUAGAGAAAGUUAACGAGUGGUUUCAAAAGUGUGACAGCGAUUCGAGAAUAAAGUUAAUAACAGCUGGACCAGGAUUUGGUAAAAGCGUGUUUGCCGCUAAAAUCUGUGAAGAUUUUGAGAAGAAUGGAAAGCUGGCUGCUUGUCAUUUUUGUGAUUUCAGUGAUUCAAACCUAAGAGAUCCUAUGGUAAUGUUGGAGUCUCUCGCAAGUCAGAUGUGUAAGAAUGUCCCUGGUUUUAAAGAGGAGCUCCUUGAUCAGUUAGGACGACGUCAUCAAAUCAAAAACCUCAAAGAUGCCUUUCAAAUAUAUUUGCAAAAUCCUCUAGAUGAAUUGGAAAUAAAAGAGCCACGUUUAGUCGUGAUCGAUGGCUUAGAUGAAAGUGCUGCUGAUAAUAAGAAUGAAAUUACUCAUUUGAUUGCUGAAUAUUUCCCUGAUCUUCCCGAGUACAUCAAAAUCUUGGUGACGAGCAGACCAGAGAUUUCCGUUGCUGAUCUAAGACUAAGAGACCAUCAAAAGACGAACAUUGCGAAUGUUAACGCUAACAAUAACACAGAUCUUGAACUUUAUUUUAAAGAAUGUCUUCCAAGUUUAGUUGGCAGGGAAGUAAAUCAAAGUGAAGUGAGCCAAGAUUUGUAUGAGUAUCCAUAUCUUCGCCGGUUAAGAUGGGAUAAAUCUAUUAGUUUACUUUCCAUUUUUGUUGCCAAAUGUCAAGGCUCAUUUCUCUAUGCAUAUCACUUUCAAUCUGGGCUAAGGGCUCGCUAUGAUCUUAAAAAGAUAACAAAUAAUGACGUCAUGGAGUUUCUCCCAGAAGGACUGAAUUGUGUUUACGAACGAUAUUUUAAACGCCUGGAAGACGAGCUUAGCGACUUAAAACAUGAAAAGUUUGAUGUGUUGAAAAUUUUGGAAAUGCUGGCAGCUUCCGAAGGACCUCUUCCUCUCACUUUCAUCGCUCAGGCUUUUGGUUUAGCUCCAGAUUGUCGCGAAACGAAAGACAUCAUCAACAAAAUUAAUGAAACCGUAUCGUGCUUGUUGUACGUUUCAGAUGACAUGUUAACCGUUUUUCACAAAUCCGUUAUUGAUUGGCUUCUUGCAAAAGGCUACAAAGAUCACCAGUAUACUGUCAAGGUCGAUGAUGGACAUAGAUCGCUUUGGCUUUUAUGCGAAAAGGGUUUUGAGGAAAUUGUGGAAGGUGUUCGCUCAGGACUUGAGUUGAAGUAUACUAAUGACGUGGAAUACGCUCUGAAACAUGGUUUAAAACAUCUAGAAAAGUGUGAAAUGGAAGAGGGUGGUUUCUGGUCAGUUGAUGUUAUUAUCGUUUGUUAUAUGUUCAAUGUGAUAAUCAGUUUAUAUGAUUUCCUGCGUUUCUGGCACAAAUUACUGCAAUGUUCUGGGUUAAAAAACGAAGAUUUACGCGCCCGCAUUUCGUACCAUGUCAUUGAAUUUGAGUCUUUUGUGCAUCGCGUGGAACAUUACGAGAGCUUACAAAAAAAUUAUUCGACACUACUCCCACAAUGGUAUUUACAAGCGGUUCUUACCCGUUCUCCAGAAGGUUAUUUCAGCGAUGAUGAGAAAAAAAUCGCGGAGACGCUACUAUCAAACCUUUCACCUUUUGUCGAGUCGAAUUCUUACGAAGUUUCGGUUUUGCCGCGAGCAGUCUGGAAACACAGUGACUUUGGUUUUAUUACAGCUGUUGCUUUAUCUAACGAUGAGAAAAGUGUAGCAGUUGGAAUAAGUAAUUUUAUCCAUGUGAUAUCCGUACCAACUUUAGUUGAAAUUAUGAAUUGUUCAACAAAAUCGGAAAAAAUUCCAUGCUGCACAUUUUCUCCAGACGAUUCGCUCAUAUUAUUUGGUAAACUAAAAACGGCGUUUAGCAUUGCUGGAAGAAAGGAAGUUCCAUAUUUCCCUGGAAAUGAAGAGACGUUCCUGUCCUGUGCAUUUUCCCCUAACGGCAAAAGACUGGUGACUAAGGACGGUUUAAACACAAUUAAACUAUGGGACGUUCCUAAACAAAAAAUGCUGUCGUCGCUUUGUGCUGGAUUUCUUGUUGAUUGGUGUUAUUUUAGCGUCACAGGGUUAUUUAUUAUUGCAAAUUCAGAAUCUUCAUCUUAUCCGGGUUAUUCGUUGUGUGUUUGGAACGCCAUCACAUUGCAAAGAAGUGAUAAGCGAAAAUUAUCUCACGUGGAAAGGGAGAAGCCAGAUGUGUUAAAGAGUAGAAAAUGUGAACGAUGUUUUCAGCGGGGAUUUGAGGAACCAAAUUACAAACAGUUAGAAGUAAGGUUAUAUGACAAAUAUAAAAUGAGGUUAUGUGAUGAAACACAUGAAAGAAAAUGUAUAAUGUCGUGUCCGUGGAUCUGCAAAGGUGUGGAGUGUAUUUUUUCGAUUUCUAUGGAAGAAUUAUGUUAUUCGAGUGUCACAGAAAUAAUUCCUUUGACGGCGAUUGUUGCUUGGAACUAUUUUUUGGCCUAUUCUUACUAUGAUCCCUUUUUUCGAGUCAAAAUAACAGCUUUAGAAGAUAAUCUGUGGCUCUAUUCGGAUAAUGGAAAACUAAUUGUCUUUAAGACAUUAGCUCCUAAACAAGAGCAAUCCUGUCUGUCAUAUGCAACGUUUGUUUAUUCGAGUUCGUUUUCUCCUGACGGUUCUCGACUUGCAUCCUGCAACUCAGAUGGAUAUAUCAAUAUAUGGAAUGUCUAUACCAGCCAAGUUGAACAACGUUUCAAAAGCAGCCAAUGCAGGUCAAUAUUUUUAUGCUGGUGGUCAGAAGAUUUCUUGUUUGUUAUUAGUCAAUUUAUUGACGGAAUUCCCAAAUUAACGCGAUACCCGGUAGAUGACAAUCAAGAGAUCUUGUUUACUGAUAGUCAGGACGUGUCGCUAAAAGACUUGUCUGAAUUCAGGCCAGAGAGCUGGUCUGAUUUCCUAGAUUUAAAGGUUGGUUUUUCUGAAGGCUUUGUCAGCUUGGCUUUCGGAGGCUUCGAACACGUGAAAGUUCUCGAUGUCAGAGAUGUUGAUGCUCCUGUAAUGAUCAAUUUGCCUGGAAUUAGGCCUGAGAUGGAAGUGGAAAUCUCGCCUGGUGGUGCCUUUAUCUCUGCUUGUAAUGAGCAUGAAUGUUAUAUUUGGAAAAGAAAUACCAAAAACCCAACUUCAUAUGAAGUCUUUUGUCACGGUAAUGCUGGAGGGCCUGACAGAUUGCCUUAUGUCGUAAUUUUCAGUAAUGAUUCCAAAGUCGCAAUAGUCAUGCACAGGUGUUUUAAUGAGAGUCAGAUAAUUGAUGUGGACACUGGUGAUUAUCAAUAUAUAACUCCUGCAUUCAACCCCAUUUCUUAUUUGAGGUCAUUUUGUAUUCACAAGAGUAGAAUUGUAUUGACUUUAUCUGAAUACCUGAUAAUAUUUUUUGACAUGGACUCUGGCGCGGUUCUCAGCACUUCCUAUCAACGUUACUUGAACACAUUUAGGCCAAGCCAAACAAUUCAACUUUCCAAAAAAGAGGACGUGCUGGCUUUUCCUGACUACAAAGGUGAUAUGGUGUUUCUUCGACUGUCUAUUCCACAAAAUUCUUUGUUGGAUGAUAUUAAGCUUAAGCAACGGGCAGUUGCUUCGUGAUAUGAUAUUAAGCGAGGUGCAGUAGUCAAUCCUUUCUUUAACCGGAAUAAAGUCGUCUUGCAGAAAAAGGUUUUGACUCCUUUUAGGAAAAUCUACACAAAGUAUUUUCUUACAUGUUGGGUUUUCCAGCAAGUUGUUUACCUUAAAGAUAACUGAAGUGAACUCGUUCACACGAGGACGAAAAACAAGAGCAGAAGACUGUUAUGAACGACAGAUGUUUUGGAGUUGAUUUUUCAGUUAGGAUAUUUUAUAAUGGAUUUAGUGAACAAUAACAUGAGAGACUAUCAUCAAGAACAUUGUUUUGGGGAAGCGGCUAGACUUUGCUUGGAGCUGGUCUAGAAUGGAGAAGUAAGACACUUCCUUCCCUCCGUUUGUCUGGGAGUUCACCUUGGGCAAGUGAUAGCACUCCCUUGCCUCCCUAACUGGGGUUACAGUUUGUUAAACAAAACAAAGAUGAUAUCUUGAAUACAUCUGCAAGAAACAAGUCCUAAAAAACUGUGACCAAUGCCAGUCGUAUGAUGGUGUUGUUUAAGAUGUUCAUUAUGAUAGUUACAGUCAUGUUGGUGGUGAUAGUUCUUAUCUAUGAUGGUGGUGAUGGUUCUGGUCUCUACGAUGGUGCUGAUGGUAAUUGCGCUGGUUAUUGAAAUAAUGGUAGAAGUUGUAGUAACUGUAUUAGCUGUAUUUUGUUCACGAAGUUGGAUGCUGAUGAAAAAGAAAGAUAACGGGACUAUGCACUAGAACGAUAAGUGGGGGGGGGGGUUGUUGAGUAUUCAUGUUUUCAGUUGUGCCGGACGGAUUCCCUUUGUAAGUGCAAUAGCUUAGAAUGGAAAUCUGUUUGGCAGAACUGAAUAUAUGAAUAAACAACACCACAUUUAUCGUUCUAGUUUCGCCCGUAAUGGAACUACAAGAACUAUGUACAUUACAGGGAACGUUCGUUUUUUCGCUGGGAAGGAAGAUAUUUAUAUUCUGAAGCGGAGCUGGAAAAUUGUAGAAACUUGACUGAAAUGUAAAUAAUAUUAUGUUCAAGACAUCUGAUGUUCAUGAAAAACAAAGUCACGAAACAACACAACAAAUAAUAUCUUAGGUGUGUUUCAAACGCCGUUUUUUUAUCUUUAAUGCGUUCGACAUUGCGAAUUUAGAAACCCUACAGAUGGUGGGUAUCAUAAUUUAAUAUACUCAAGCUUAGAUUUUUAUUUAACACUAUAGAUAGCUUAUUUGUAAGCAAACUAACAUCAAGUGGUAAAAUAGGAUUUUAUGACUUCGAACGUGCCUGGUCCACACAAGAACACAUGACAAGAAUAUUGCUGAAUAUUUAAAUAUUUGCCUACUGUCAGCAUGUAAUU